CACCCCGUAUGCACCUCCCUUUUCAUGCUUGUUAUUUUGUCACUAUUGACUGCAUGCUUCUUAUGAUCUAUAUCAAAAACGUUUUUCUUGAUCGUAUUAAAUGUCCAACUAUAACAAACUCUUCAAAGUUCAGACCUUUUUUGAUCAUUAGUUCAUUACUCUAAAUGUGGGUUAUAAGUUUGUGAGGUUUAGUAGCUGUUUUUGCCUUAAUUGUUAUUGAUGGUCAAUCAUUGAGGUCGUUGCUUUGCUCAAUUGAUCUUGAAUGUGCUCAAGUUUAGGUUCUUGGUGUAAUUAUUAAAGUUAUCAUGUUUUGCUAUACUUGCUUCCUGUCCUCCUCUGGUUCCAUACACAUACAACCUCCCACCUUUUGUUCAUGCCAGUGACAUGAAGCCAGUUUUUUUAAGGGCGCGCCACAUGUUUGUUGAAAUCUCUCAAAUGGAAAGCAAUUCAAGUUUCAGAACCCAAAAGCACUUGCUUUUAAUGUUCUUGGUUUCUGUAAUUUGCAGCCUCACUGAAUCACUUAAUCAGGAAGGAGUCACCCUUUUGGAGUUCAAAAGCUCCCUUAUGGACCCUGACAACAAUCUCCAGAGUUGGAAUUCUUCUGGUUUGAACCCUUGCAAUUGGGUUGGUAUAACUUGCAAUGAAUAUAACAGUGUAACUUCUGUGCAUCUUCAUGGCCUCAAUCUGACUGGAAACUUAUCUUCAACCGUCUGCCAGCUUCCCUCUUUGACUGAACUCAACGUCUCUGCAAAUUCAAUUUCUGGUAAUAUUCCUGAAUUUGUGCAUUGCCAAAAUCUUGAGGUGUUAGACCUAUGCACCAACAAAUUCCGUGAUAGUUUCCCUUCCCGAUUGUCUUAUAUGAUCUACCUUAGAAAGCUUUACUUGUGUGAGAAUGAUUUAUAUGGAGAAGUCGGCGAAGAGAUCGGAAACAUAACUCUCCUAGAGGAGCUUGUAAUCUACAGUAAUAAUCUCACUGGAAGGAUUCCAAAAUCGAUUGGUAAACUGAAAAGGCUUAGGUUUAUCAGGGCAGGCAAAAAUUAUUUUUCAGGUCCAGUUCCUGCCGACCUGGGUGAAUGUGAGGCUUUACAAGUGCUUGGGUUGGCAGAGAAUAGGCUAGAGGGAUCUUUUCCUGUGGCACUUCAAAGGCUUGAUAGUCUCACUACCUUGAUCCUCCGUUCGAACUCUCUGUCGGGAGUGAUUCCUACUGAAAUAGGGAAUUUCAGUAACUUGGAAUCACUUGCACUGCAUGAUAAUUCAUUCACUGGACCCCUUCCAAGAGAGAUAGGAAAAUUAACAAAGCUGAAAUGGUUCUACAUAUACAGAAACCAUUUGAAUGGAAGAAUUCCAUGGGAAAUUGGGAAUUGUUCUGGUGUUAUUUCGAUUGAUUUUUCUGAAAAUCUCUUCACUGGGAAUAUUCCGAAAUCAAUGGGUCAACUUUCUAAUCUCCAGCUGCUUUAUCUUUUUGAAAACCUCCUGCAUGGAAAUAUCCCAAGAGAACUUGGAGAAUUAAAGGAACUUCGUAAGUUGGAUUUGUCGAUAAACAAUUUGACUGGUACGAUUCCUUUGGGGUUUCAGAAUCUUGAAUUCUUGGAAAAUAUCCAACUUUUUGACAAUCAUCUUGAAGGAACUAUCCCGCCAUUACUUGGGCUGAAAUCCAACCUGUCUGUUCUCGUCCUGUCUAGCAACAAUCUAACAGGAAGCAUCCCUCCAAAACUUUGUUGGUCCCAUAAACUGAGAAUACUUAGCCUGGGUUCAAAUAAGUUGUCUGGAAACAUACCGCACAGCCUAAAAACCUGCAAGUCUCUUCAGCAGCUGAUGCUAGGAGGUAACCUGCUAACCGGCACUCUUUCUACUGAGCUGUGCAAACUUCAGAACCUUUCUGCUAUUGAGCUCUAUCAGAACCGGUUCACUGGACCUUUACCCUCAGAUAUUGGUAACAUUAGUAGGUUACAAAGAUUUCUCCUGUCAGAAAAUUAUUUCUUUGGGCUUAUCCCUCCUGAGAUAGGGAAACUUGUUAGGCUUGUUACUUUCAAUGUCUCUUCAAACAGAUUAUCUGGUGGAAUUCCUCGUGAGUUGGGUGGUUGUAUCAAGCUCCAGAGGCUUGAUCUUAGCAAUAACUGGUUUACCGGAAACUUCCCUGAUGCACUAGGCAUGUUAGUGAAUUUAGAAUUGCUAAAGCUAUCAGACAACAGAUUAAAUGGGAAUAUUCCACAUACAUUGGGAAAACUUGUAAGACUCACUGAACUGCAAAUGGGUGGAAAUUUAUUUUCUGGCGAAAUCCCUAUUGAGCUUGGUCAACUCAUAGCACUUCAAAUUUCUUUGAAUAUUAGCCAUAACGCUCUCACUGGAUCAAUUCCUGGAAAUUUGGGGAACUUGCAGAUGCUUGAGUCACUAUACUUGAAUGACAAUCAACUCACCGGUGACAUUCCUGGUUCAAUAGGUGACUUGAAGAGUCUAAGCGUUUGCAACCUCUCUAACAAUAACCUGAUAGGAGUAGUGCCAAACACAACCAACUUUCGGAAAAUGGACUCCAGUAACUUUGAUGGAAAUAUAGGUUUAUGCACAUUGGAUUCGCCUAUUUGCUUCCAUUCCCCAACUCCAAUAACAGCUCUUAAUUCAAGUUGGAUGGAGAAAGUUACGUACAGAGAGAAAAUAAUUAUCAUUUGCUCAGGAGUUGUUGGACUUGUGUCUUUGAUCUUCAUUGCCGGUGUAUGUUGGAUGAUGAAGAGCCAUACAAGAGCCAUUGUUAUAGUAGACAAUCGAGUGGACACUGAUUCCAUGAAUGAUUAUCACAUUCUCCGGAAAAAAUACACUUUUCAGGACUUUGUCACAGCCACUGAAGGUUUUUCAGAAGAUGCUAUUAUAGGAAGAGGAGCCUGUGGUGUUGUCUACAAGGCUGUAAUGAAUGAUGGAGAAGUGAUUGCUGUUAAAAAACUAAAAUCUGGAGGAGGAGGAGGAGGAGGAGGAAACAUAGAGAGCAGCUUCACUGCAGAACUAACAACACUUGGAAAUAUUAAUCAUAGAAAUAUUGUGAAACUCUAUGGCUACUGUUACCACCAAGACUCUAAUCUUCUCUUGUAUGAGUAUAUGGAAAGUGGAAGUCUGGGAGAGAUUCUUCAUGGGAAUAAAGCAAACUGUAUACUGAACUGGAAUGAGCGGUACAAGAUUGCUCUUGGAGCAGCUGAGGGUCUAUGUUACCUCCACCAUGAUUGUAAGCCACGGAUCAUCCACCGUGACAUAAAAUCAAACAAUAUUUUAUUGGAUCAUACGCUUGAGGCACAUGUUGGUGACUUCGGGUUGGCAAAGCUAAUUGACAUGCCAUACUCAAAAUCAAUGUCAUCUGUAGCUGGUUCAUAUGGCUAUAUUGCACCCGAAUAUGCUUACACAUUGAAAGUCACAGAGAAAUCUGAUAUAUAUAGUUUUGGAGUUGUUCUGCUGGAACUAGUUACUGGAGGAUCUCCAGUUGAGCACAUUGAGCGAGGUGGAGAUCUAGUGAGUUGGGUGAGAAGAGCAGUUCAUGGAGGGGUUUCUAUCUCUGAUAUACUUGACAAACGGCUUGAUCCUCUUCUAGGAAGAACAAUGGAGGAGAUGACUUUGGUUCUCAAGAUCGCAUUAUUCUGUACUAAUAUAUCUCCUCUCAACAGACCAACAAUGAGGCAAGUAGUUGCAAUGCUGCUUGAUGUCAGGGAAGCAACGAGCAAUUCGUUGCCUUCUCCAUCAUCAGAAACUCCGUUAGAUGAUGAUGACCAAUCUAAUAUUAAGAGUGGUGCAACUAAUCCUAAGCAGUAAGCACAGCAGUUAGUUAAGCUGCAUCUUACCUCUAACUAGCUACUUCUCAGAGAUCCAUUGGUUUCGCAUAGAAGAUAAAUAUCAAGAGCAGAUACUGUGGUAUCUAUCUAUACACAUGCUCUAAGGUGUGACCUGAUUAUAUUCUUUUCACCUAAUGAUAUCCAAGAUUCGGAGUUACAGAAUACUUGAAGUCACUAGAUCAAGUUCAUCUGGCAAAGGUGAACUUGCACAUAGCAAGCAUUUCACACAUAGUUGAGUGCAUGUACAUAUGUUUGACAUCCAAUGUUAAGUUUGUAAGCAUAUCAUUGAAUCUUGUAUUUUUUUUCUUUUCAACCACCGAUGAAUAUUUGUAGCCUCAUCUUUGCGGUUUCAUGUUUCUCAUUUACGGCUUUCCGCAAUGCAUAUUUAUGUUUCUAUGAUUUUGUAGACUCAUAUAUUGUGGCAUGACCAAUGCUUCAUAGAGAUGUCUGCACUCUGAAUACAUACUUUUCAAGUGUAUGUUUAUAUUC